AUGACAAAUAUAAGAAUUAAAUUAUUAACAGUACAAGUUAUAACAAGUUUAGCAUCAGGUGAAAAUAUAGAUUUUGAAAAAGUUGAGAAAUUAGUUAAAGAUGCAGGAUUUGUAAUUGGAGAUAUUAAAGCAUUAAUUGCAGCAAUUCAUUUUAUUAUAUUUAAUUCAGUUAAAAAUGAUGUUGAUGAAAGUACAUUAUCAACCGAAUUACAACAACUUGGUUUACCAAAGGAACAUUGUGAUUCCAUUUCAAGAGCAUUCAGAGAACAUAAAGAAAAGUUACGUUCAAUCUUUCAUAAUAAUACUUUAAAAUUACCUUCAUUACAUUCAUUGGAUUGGAGAGUUGAUUUCAUUCUAAGUUCAAAUACAAUUCAAGAAGUAAAUUCUCCAAGUGUUCAAUUAAAUUUUAAAGUUAAAAAUCAUUCAAAUAAUGAAAUUACUAAUCAUCCUUUUGAAAUUAGUGCAAAGAAAUUUAAUGUAUUAUAUUAUGAAUUAAAAGGAGCAAAACUUUUAAUGGAAACAGUAAAUCAAUAA